UUAGAAAAUUCAAUUCAAACCCCCUAAAGAAACAGCUAAAACAAAUUCUAAAGAACAUGACAAAGCCAAUUAGAGCAUACAAUUAAUCAGCCCUCUUGCUGAUUUUUUUUCCCCUUUUUUUAAAUAAAAGGGGGCCACACCAUUAGGGGGUGGGGGUGGGGGUCACAUUGUCUAUUUUUCACUGCCCAAUGUCCCUUAGAACAUGGAGAAAUUUGUGGAAGUUUUUCCCUACUAUAAAGUUCUCUUCUUUCUCCAUCAUUCUACACUCUAAUUCUUGACACCAGUGUCAUAUCAAAUAAUAAGCUGAUAAACCCCUUUCUUGAAUUUCUUCGAAACCUUAUCAUAAGCCCUUCUUACAUAUCUCGAAAGCCAAACAUACACACACGCACACACCCAUAUACAUAUAUACAUAUAAACAUGGACAUUGAGUUGGUGAAGUGUGUGUGUUGUGGACUGAAGGAGGACUGCACACAGGACUACAUUAGUGAAGUGAAGGCGAAAUUCGACGGAAAAUGGCUGUGUGGGCUGUGUUCAGAAGCUGUGAGAGAUGAAGUUAACAGAGGGAAGAAACAAUGUGGGACCGACGAAGCUGUUAAGGCACACAUGUCGUUUUGCCGUAAGUACAAAUCGAAUCCGGCCGUUCGUGUUGCUGACGGGAUGAGGCAGAUGCUGAUCCGACGGAGAUCGGGCGACAUGACACCAUCACAGUCGUCGUCGUCGUCAUCUUCUUCAUCCAAGAAAUACUCGAGAUCAUCAUCAAGCAUAUCAUCCUAUUACUAGGUUUUGAAAAAAAGAUGAGGUUGUCUUCAUCUUUUUUUGGUUGAAAUAAAGUAUCAUCCAUUUUCAAUGGAUAAUUAGAUCUUUAUUUGUCUUUGUUUGUACAGAGUCUUUCUUGUUUUUUGUUUCACUUUCCUACUAAAUGUAUUCAAAUCCUUUUCCUCUAUGGAGAAAAAGAGAAAGCAUAAACAUUUUUUUUCUUCCCCCCGAGGAAAAGUGAUUUUAGCUUUCAUUCCAAGAAGUCAAACUUUGUUAUCAAAUGCAUGGUGAUGACUGAUGAUUGAAAUAUAUUCAUGCACCAA